UCAUAAUAGAUUGUGCUCGGUAUUUUGAGUUCGGUAUAUAAAUAUGCGCCUUGCUGUUAAUAAUAAACAACGUGUAUUAGUGCUAAUCUUUUUUGGAGGUGCCCUACGCACAAAUCAAGCCAACCAGUGGAAAUUCGAUAAAAAAACAGUGAAUUCAUUGGAUCAGAAUGCGCUACGGCCAACUGGUAAUGGGCCCUGCCGGGAGUGGAAAGUCCACGUAUUGUGCCACCAUGCAGAGGCACGGUUACGAUGAUAACCGUCUCGUCAAGGUAGUGAAUCUGGACCCGGCGGCCGAGACAUUCGAAUAUCAGCCAUACAUUGACAUCCGCGAUCUUAUUCAACUGGACGACGCCAUGGAGGAUGAAGAGAUGAAGUUCGGUCCGAACGGUGGGUUGGUAUUUUGCAUAGAAUACCUGUUGGAGAAUCCUGAUUGGUUGAGGAAGCAACUAUACGGUGUAGACUCUGAAGAUGAGGAAGAAGGAGGUGAUUGUAUCGAGGAACCAGACGAUGACUAUAUUUUAUUCGAUAUGCCGGGCCAAAUCGAACUGUACACUCACAUGAAAGCAGGACAGCAGCUGGCAAGACUACUGGAAUCGUGGGACUUCCGGCUGUGUUCGGUGUUUUUAGUUGAUUCCCAGUUUAUGAUCGAUGGAGCUAAAUUUUUGUCUGGCACAAUGGCUGCACUUAGCGUAAUGGUCAAUAUGGAAUUGCCACACGUGAAUAUUCUCAGCAAAAUGGAUCUGUUGAGUAAGACCAGCAAAGGACAGCUGGACAAAUAUCUCGAACCUGAUUCGCAUGCGCUUUUGGGUGAAGUCACGACUGAGUCCUCCUGGGGAAGAAAGUAUAGGAAGCUGUCCGAAACGAUUGGUACAUUGAUUGAGGAUUUUAGUUUAGUGCGAUUCACACCAUUGAACAUCAAUGAUGAGGAAAAUAUUGCCGAUUUGUUGUUGAUGAUUGAUAAUGUUAUUCAGUACGGAGAAGAUGCUGACGUUAAAACGAGGGACUUUGAUCCACCGGAACCGGAAGAAGACAAUGAUGAAGAUAAGUACUACAGGGAUUGAAAAAAUAAUCAAGGAAAACAUUUACGUUA